GAUCUGCAAGUUGAGGAGUCUGGUCACACAACUUUCAGGACACUUCAAGAGGUAUUCCCCACAGACAGCACAGUUUUCAUGGUCGGCAACCCACAUUAUGGAGCUCAGGGCAAGGUGUUGGAAGUUCUACCAGAAGAGGUCAGAGUGAGGAUUGUAUUGCAUGUGACCGAAGAACCAGACUUCAGGAACAUAGAACAGUCGGUGAGUACAAACUCCCCAAAUCCGAGAGGAAGAUACCUCAACAGCUACCAGGCGGCCCAGCAGAUCGGCAUUGACUCACACAUAUUGUCACGCAUCACUGGCUCUGUGUUUGUAGAGAAGACUGGCUCCCAUGGAGCCCGGGUCAACAUUGGGCUGAACCUUAAGUUCACCAAGAAGGGGGAGGAGGUUCCAGGCUACACCAGGAAAGAGGAGAACGGCUGGUGCUACAGCUACAAGUGUGUGAAAACUGUAGAGGAGUACAUCACCAGAUUUCCUGACCUUUGGCUGCGUGUGCAGAAACAGAAUAGCAACACCGAUAACUUCACAGAAGAAGCUCUCUUCCCCGAAGGAAGCUCUACAAAACUAGCAGACGUGCUGAAGUUUCUGGAGGAACUGCCAUGCACCAAAGUGCCUAGGAUGAAAACUGGAUCUGAAAUACUGGACGAGGAGCAUGUUGAGCUCAUAGAAAAAAUGACAGCUGUGUUAAACCCAAAGCCUGACAUUGUCAAGGUCAAGGUGAAACCAAGACUUCUGUUCAGGCCUCUGCCCAACCAAGGCUGUUUGGUGCCUGACCCUGGUACAGACUUCCGACUCUAUGAUCGCGUUGUGGUGGUAAAAUCUGGAUAUUCUGUUCCCUUUGGCCGACGGGGGACCAUCAUUGGCAUUCCCAGCGAAGAGGAUGGCGGAGUGACUCCCAACAGCUUAUAUGAUGUUGUGUUCGAUGAAGCUUUUGCAGGAGGAAUAACCCUGAGGUGUUCACCGGGUAAAGGCUAUAGAGUGCCAGGUUCUGCCAUGCUAAAUCUCACUUAUGGAGAGUUCCGGAAAGGCCAACCAAACACGGGUGGCAGACUUCCAUUGAGGUUUGUGUUUCCAUCUGGUAGCUCGACCACAGAUUUCUGUGUAUUUUGUUAUACCAUAAUAUUAGUGGAAUAUGCUUCUCGUCAUCAUCAUCAUCUAUCUUUCUUGCAGGGCUAUGGCAGAGGUGGAGGCAGUGCCCAGCCCAAGUUCGUGACCCCAAAAGUUCAAGGACCUGCAGCAGGAUUAUCCAACAGAGGUUAUCAGGUUUGUCAGUUUGUUACUUGCUUUAUCAGAUUUGUCCAAAACAGAGAAACUGAAAACUCAGAGUUCAACAAUAUGUGGAGGAAUCUGUUGACACAUCAGGUAUGGUGUUCUUUUUUUUUUUUUUCUCUGAAAUGUUUUAUGAUCCCUGUAUGUUAUGUUGCAUUGUUCACUAUCUUCUAUGUUCUGUUGUUUGCUAUCUUCCACGUUCCCUUGUUUUUUUGUGUUUCAUGUUCCAUUGUUCGCUGUCUUCUAAGUUCCAUUGUUUGCUAUCUUCCAUGUUCCAAUGUUUUCUGUGUUUCAUGUUCCAUUGUUUUUUAUCUUCCAUCUUCUAUUGCUGAUUUAGCUCUAAAACAGCUGUUGAAGAUUGGAGUGGAGCCUUCUACUAUAGCCAGUCUUUCAUCUGCUUCACCAACGGCCACGUCUGCUGCAAUGACACAUCUCAUGGGGGCAGUCCAGGUUUCACACAUUGAAGAAACCCGAGAUCAUUCUGAUGCUCCGGUGCCUACGUAUGGACGACACCUAUCCCUGCAAGAGCUGUUUGAGGAAGCAAACAAACAUCAACAGAAUCAGGGAGUCAAGAUCCAACAGAUGCAGCAGCAACAGCAGCAGCAGUCGACACUUUCUGCCGCUGCCAGGUCUAGCGAGAACAGAGACACAAUGAUGGAGUUGGAGGCCUACUGCAAGAACACUCUGAACAUUGGCCCCCCGCAAUACGAUUACAAGCCCCAGCCGAAGCAGAAUGCCUACAUUGCCAAUGUCCUUCUACCAAAUGGGCAGAGAUAUGAGGGGUCCCAGUGCAGGACCAAAGAAGAAGCCGCAAAGAGUGCUGCUGGCAUGGCCAUCCUGUGUUUGAAUGCCAGGCCAAAUACCAGCCACCCAUUGACUGUUGGCUACCCACCUGGGUCACAGAGGUCAAAUGCUAACCGCUUCUUUUCGGCCAACUCUGCUUUUAGUCCUAUUGUGAUCCCAGGCACAGCACCUUCUGCUCUACCCCUGCGGCCACCGGUGAGUGCCCCUAUGCUCCUCACUCCCCAGCACUUCAUAAAUCAGCCGCCGCCACCGCUGUCUGUACAUCAGCUGCUGCAACAGCAGAAGUUGCAGCAUCUUCACCACCAGCAGCACCAGUACUCACAGCAGAGUGGCGGUCAGCAUGUGGUCAGUUAUGGGCCAGAGCAUCUUCAGAGACAAAACCUACAACGGGACAGCCAAGUUCCCCAACCACACCCUGUCCAAGCGCCAGCCUGUCAGUCACCAACAUCUGGACUAUCUGACCAGGCAGUGCUUGCUGUGACAUCAUCAGCCUCAGUGAUCCAGCAGUUUAUACCAUUACAGGUAUCAAGAAAUCAAAAGAUGCCCAGUAAGAGAAAAGACAGUGAAAGCGAGAGGUCAGAUGGCGGGAUGAGUUCUGGCAGUGACACAAAGUGUCAGAAUUUAGAUGAUUUUGUAACACAGUUACCAUCUGCAGAGUCAGCCAUUUUGUCCCGAAGGCUAGACCAACAAACAGCUGCUCCGAAAAACAAGAAAGAUAAAAAUGGAGUGGUACUCCAGUCUUCAUCCAUACAAUCGGGAACUCUUUCGUCAUCUUCAAGUGUUUCUUCAAAGUCUGUCACUCCUACAGAAAAAUCUGGCCACGGAUAUCAGAAAAAGAAGACCCGAUUGGCUGCAAAUUUUGGAACAAAGCGAAGCUAA